CCCCGGCCGCAAGCUCCGUCGGGGCCGGACUGGCGGAGCAGCCUCGAAGUUUGCGGAGCGGCCGGCGCCGCGGCCAUGUGGCUGCUGUGGCUGCUGCUGGGCUCGGCGGAGAGCCAACUGUUGCCUGGGAAUAACUUUACAAAUGAAUGCAACAUUCCUGGAAACUUCAUGUGCAGUAACGGGCGCUGUAUCCCAGGGGCCUGGCAGUGUGAUGGACUGCCGGACUGCUUUGAUGACAGUGAUGAGAAGGAAUGCCCGAAAGCCAGAUCCAAAUGCGGUGCCACGUUCUUCCCCUGCGCUAGUGGGAUCCACUGCAUCAUUGGCCGCUUCCGGUGCAACGGCUUCGAGGACUGCCCCGAUGGCAGCGAUGAGGAAAACUGCACAGCAAAUCCCUUGCUUUGCUCUACUGCCCGAUUCCACUGUAAAAAUGGUCUUUGCAUUGAUAAAAGCUUUGUGUGCGACAGUCAAAAUAACUGUCAAGACAACAGCGAUGAAGAAAGCUGCGAAAGCCCUCAAGAGGCAGGCAGCGGCCAAGAUUACGUGACCUCGGAAAAUCAGCUGCUUUACUACCCUAGUAUUACCUAUGCCAUCAUUGGUAGCUCUGUCAUUUUCGUACUCGUGGUGGCCUUUCUUGCCUUAGUCCUGCAUCACCAACGUAAACGCAACAAUCUCAUGACCCUGCCAGUGCAUCGACUGCAGCACCCUGUCCUGCUGUCCCGGCUGGUGGUCCUCGAUCACCCACACCACUGCAGCGUCACCUACAAUGUCAACAAUGGGAUCCAGUACAUGUCCAACCAGGCCUACCACAGACCAGUGGACCUGGACUCUCCGCCGUCCUAUUCAGAGGCUGUGCUCGACCAAAGCAGACCACCUUGGUUUGACCUCCCUCCACCGCCUUACUGUUCUGAAUCUGAAUCCCCUAAUCAGCCAGAUCUUCCUCCUUACCGAUCUCGGACGGGAAGCUUGGUGAGCACAGACACCCCCAUGGCAGGAAGCCCUCUGGGCACAGCCGGCAGUUGGACAAGAGAUAUCCAUGGCAGCAUGGAUGGCCACAGAACUCUUCUGGAGAGGACAGCAGAUCAAAGCGAUUUGCUGGUUAACCACAUUGCUGAAAGAGAAGCGUAACUGCUCCGGUAUUUGGGAUGGGCAGGAAAGCAUUUACUUUUUCAAGUCUGUAUGGGUUAAUCUGCUGUGGCUAAUAGGUUUCAGGGGUACAUGUGCCUGAAUGAUGACUUGAUUUGAAUCCACACUAAGUUAAUAUUUGAGUUUUGCAUUUUGGGCUCAUCAAAGACCCAGCUGUGAGAGUUACAUCAGCUCUCCACAGUAUUUUUAUGAGCAAGUUCCAGUUCAGACUAGUAAGACAAACAUCAGUGCUUUGUCAAAGAACUGAUGUGAUGUAUUUCUUGGACUAUUUACUGUAUAUGAAUGUAUAUAUAUGCAUGUAUAAUACAUACAGAUGUUGCACACAAAAACUAUGCCAGAAGGACUCUUGGUUUUCAGACUGCCUACCAUUCUGUCAACGUGUGAGCUGUUUCUUCUUACUGCCUGGUGCCAACUGGUGGUCACUGAAGCACAUGAGAGGCAGUCUUUCUGCUUGGAGCUCUGGUGCCCAAUGCUAGCCAACUGGUGGUGCUCACAUUGCAGAAAAUGUCCUGCUUGACCCUUUUCUUCAUGGUCUGGAACAUUCUAACUGUGAAUGUAAUUUUCAAAGUUUAAGCUUGUGAAGAUGCAACAACUCUCUAACUGAGCAAAUGAGGGUUUUUUUCCCAAUUGCUAAUAUCUAGGACAAAUUUGCAUGGUUUUUCUCAGGAACGCCACAGGAGUUGGCUUAUCUGUGAGACUUAAAGGCUGAGUACAGAGGCACUGAAGCUUCUCAACAAACCAGCGCAAGACUUCUUUUCAAGUGUGGCAAAACAACAUUUGUCCAUGUGUUCCUUCCUAAAAAAAAAAGAAAAAAAAAAACCAAAACCAAAACCCAAUCAAACAACAAAACAAAAAAAACCAACCAAAACCAACCCGGUUUCAGCUAAAUCUUGAACACCAAAACCAGCCAGAGGCAAACACCCGUCACAGAAAGCUUUAAUGUGAAUGACUAGUUUGUUAUAUGUGUAAAAUAGCUGAAAGCAGGUCAUGUAGUGAAAGCUGGUGGGCUUGUCAGCCCUGUUUUACAGCAUGUAUACGUACAUGCAUGGAUAUACAUGUUUAAUGCUAUGUGUAUGUAUGUAAGUAGUGUAUUUUGCAUAGGUUCAGUUCUACUGGACCAGUAGAACUCUAAAAUGUCAAGGUUUCACUGAUGAUAUGCUCUUUGCUUUUUAUGGAGUUUGCCAUUAUUCAUGUUUGUUUGGUUGAAAUUCUAGCUUCUGCAGAAAAAAAGAAUUAUUUGUGUCUGUUUUGUCCUGACUCUUGGAAUGGUCUCCUGUGAAGUGUGUUUCAGUGCACAGUGUUGAAUCACCCAUGUGAAAGCAUCUCAGAGGUAUGCAGAGUGGCAGGAGGCAAGGUUAGCUGUGAAUUUAAAUGCCACUGCAGUGCUCUGCUUGUGCUCAGUAUACAAAAACACAAUGCAGUGUCUUCCUCUUGUCCCAAGGGAAAUUGGCCUUGAAAAAUUAUUUAUAUUUGUCUGUCAGACAUGUUUCCCACUCCUCCUUCCAUGCAAUGAACAGUGUCAUUAAGCAGACUUUGCUGUUUAAUGGAAAUGAAGGAAGAUGGCUGCCCACACCUUCUGCUUUCUUUCCCCCCAUCUUUCUAAGGUAACUUCUUAUGUCCAAAGGUUAUAUGCUCGGAACCCAAGAAUUUUUGAGCUUGAGUGUAUGUAGGGGAGUGACUCAAGGUCUGUCUCAGUUCCCACACAUACACCUGAAUUUUUUUUGUAGUAUUUUUUUUUCAUUUCCAGCUCUGGAGUCUACUGCCAUGGUAUGUAAGAGGCAGGGGCCAGACGGAUUUGCAAGCACAGGUUAUUCCAGGAAUGAGACGUAAGAGUGGGGAGCGCUGGAGAAUUCUAAUGCUGAUGGGCCUGGCUGACUUUGGAAGCAGAUUAAUGGCAGCCUUUCAUUACAAGCUUAGGCAGCCUGUCUUGAAGUGUGUUGGUGAAGGUGAUCCUAGGUCCUUGUAAAACAAUGUACAGCACUGGGUCACAUUUCAUCCUUGCUGGGAGCUCAGGCAAUCUAAUUAAUUAUGCUGUCCUUCACAAAGCGUGACUUGGCUAAUUAAUGACUCCGUCUGACUUGAUUGGCAGACUGUUGUCACUGUCACAUAGCAGACAGUUAUUCUGUGUUUUACAGGUGGGUUAAACUCAGGUACAUAGCUGAGUUAACAGUAAAGGUGGGUGCAGGGAUGUCUCCUCUGAGCACUGGGCUCUGCCGUCCCUCUUGCCUUUUGUCAAGGUUCUGCUAGGCCUCUGUAAGAGAGCUACGUAGUGCUGUAUCAGAAUUACCCUUAACGUUUUUCUGUUGCAGUUUUUAAAACAUUAUAUUGGUCUUUAAAACAUAUUAUUGAAGAGUUUGCAGUAGUAGAAUUAGACAUCUUUUUAAUUUCAAAGUUGCCUAAGAUUGUAUUAGAGAAGCUAAAUCAUCGUGUCCAGUGUAACUUAGGUCGCACAUAUCCCUCACGCAAUGGGGACUGUAUUUCAACAUGUGUAUUCUAAGACACCAGGGUCUGUGCAAACCAAAUAUUGUUUGCCUGUGGCAUCUGAAAAACAUUGCCUUGCAUUGCUAAGAAGCAGGAAAAGCGUGGACAUAGCCUGCUGCUUCUGCCUUCUGUGUCAGUCACUGUCAUAUAUGUACAUAUAUAUAUAUAUAUAUAUAUAUAUCUCAAGAUACUCUUUCAGGUUGUAUAUAUUCAUGUAACUUUUGCAUUAAGAUAAUCCAUUUGGACUUUACAAAAAAAAAAAAAAGAAAGAAAAAACAUUCUAAAUGGUGUGACGUUUUCCCUUCCAGCUAAGGGUGUAUUUAUCUUUGUAUAGGAAUCUUUUAGUUUUUGAGAACACGAGUUACAAAAGGAUAUUGUGCCUUUCUGAUCGAAUGUCGGUUUGUGGGGCUGUUAACUACAUUUCUGGGUGUUGUUACAUAUCAUUUUCUAGAGAUCCAAAGAGAGAAACAAGUCUUGUCUUCCUAUUUGUUAUGGGGACCACUGAACUUUGAGGAGUACAGAAGUUCAGUAUCUUGUUCCAAAAAGGCAGGCUAAAAUUUUAAGGGGGGGUUUAAUCUUAUUCCAGUUUUCUGGUUUGUAGAACAGAUUUGCUAGCUGGUUUCUUUGAAAAUUGCUGUUGUGUCACACAGAAAUUGUUUAUAACUUGUCACUUCUAGUAGUGUUAAUACAGCAUUAUACUGCAUUAUUCAGUAGAAUCUUUGGGAAAACAUGGUAGCAACAACCAUGCUGAUGAAAUUAAAUAUUUCAUUGAAAAUCCUGCAGCUUGUAAGGCUGAAGUUAAAUGUUCAUGAAAUACCACAUGGUAGGAUUUCUUUCCAGUAGCCAGUAAAAUUGGGAUUGAUCAUACUAUUGUUUGCAAUUGCUCUUAAGCUUUUAGUUUGAGGUUAGUCCUGCAGGAGCUUUCCUUCAUACUUAAUAUUUAAACAAAUGGAUGUUAUUUCAAAGGCCUAUUCUUACAAAAGUAGAACUGAUUAAAGUUUUCUUCCAGAGCCAAAUUCUGAUUCCACAUCUGUAUUGUAGGGUGACCACUGUGAGUGGUUCUCAGCACAGGUGUUAAUAUAAAUGUUUCCAACAAAGGAAUUUGAAGAAAUGAUUACUUGAGGGAAGUGAAGGAAUGUGGAUUAGCCUGUUGGAAACAAGAUUUGGGUUAUUUAAAAAUAAACAAAUAAAUUUCAGGAGUUUUGAGUGUCUGUAACCUCUGCUGAAGUCGGAGUGCUCUCUAUUUACAAUGAGGCCAUUAGUGAAUCCACUUGAUAAUAAUCUGAAGUUCCUUUUCAGGCAAAUUACAGUUUACCUCUCUGGUAUUGUGGUGAUGGAAAACUGGCAGUAAUGCUUUUAAAAAAGAGCCUGUGAAUAGUUUUCUCAGUUCUCAUCUACAGUGACAUACAGAACAACACUGACUGCACCGUGGUUUUUAAAUAACUCUGCAUUCAUCCUUCCUCUCCUUUUAAGUCAAAUCAGUUUUAUUUACACCACUUCACUUUGAUACAGCUAAUAGGGCCCUUGUGAUAGAUUUAGAAGUUGAGUGGAGGAAAGAGAUGACGACUCUCAUUUUAAUUAAUGCUGCAGCUUGUUAAUCUUGUGUGCUUUACUUCUUAGACAUCUUAGAAAAGACAAAUGGUUUUAGUAGAUAAGAAAAACUAUUAAUGAUGAAAAGGAUAGAGGGACACUGAUUCUGAAUUUAAUUUUUAAUGAAUAUUUAAAAUUGUAUAAAUGAAGGAAGAAUUUAAUGCUGUAUUUUUAACAUGGUGAUCAGAUGGCAAGUACUGUUCUUAACUGUUGCUCAUUGGAAGCUACUUUGCAUAUAAUGCCUGGAACUAAAAUGGUAAGACAAGUGCUCCACUUCCCAGUUCAUACUAGAUCUGAAAUAUUUUUUAUUAACACAAGGCUAUAUUGCACCCGUGAACUAAAAUAUGUGACUGCAGAAAGAAUUUCAAUACUGUGCUGGAUUCUGCCUGAAUGUAUCCCAGUACAGGACUGUGGCCUUCAUUUGUCCUUUUUUUUACUGAUUUGAGGGGUUUUGUGAACUUGAAAUGGAGACGUUACAUAAGAGCUUUAAGGGGGGCUGUAUGUUGAAACCCGACCUUGUCUUAAACUUUUGUAAACUGGAAAUCUUCAAAAAUGUAUUCUGUAUUCCUGAAUAAAGUUGUUGGUUUAAUGCUGUUCACAAGUGAGGAUGUCCCGUCUCAUGAAGUCUCAGUUGUUUUAGUUCUAUAGCCUCCUACAUGAGGCUUCUCCCGACUUCCUUUGCAUUCAAUGUUAAGUUGUGUUAAAUCUUUGCGGGUUUUAAACAUUUUUAAAAGGAAGUGAUAUUGAAAACCCACAUGUACACG